GGAGAAAGGUACAGAAGCCAUUUUAGAUUCGUAAACUGUAAUGGAAAUAGGCCCGUUAUUUUCAAAACAGAAGAGUGCUUAUGACAUGUUCUGACAUUUUUGCUUUUCCGUGUAUUUUUCUUCCAGUAAAACUAUAUGCACUUGAUUUUCUUUUUUUAAAAAAAAAAAAACUAAUAGCCAAAUCUACUUGCUGAAGUGAAAGAGAUGGGAGCAGACAAACGAGUGAGCCGCUCUGAGCGCAGCGGGAGGUAUGGACCUGACCAGAGCCGUGAUGAUUCAGAGUGGCGAGAGCGCCGUGACAGGGACUCGGAACGGGACUACGAGCGGCGCUGGGGUGAUGAAAGGCGCAGUGAUCGCUAUGAUGACCGGAGGAGUCGCGAUAGUCCCGAGAGAGAGAGAAAGCGGCAUAACAGCGACCGUUCUGAAGAUGGCUACCAUUCGGAUGGAGAUUAUCCUGACCAGGACUACCGCGGAGAACUUGAGGAGGAGAAAGAAAGCAAGACCAUCAUGCUCAGGGGCCUUUCGCUCAAUGUCACUGAGGAAGAUGUUCGAGCUGCCCUGGAGCAAUUGCAAGGACCCCAGCCUGCAGAUGUGCGACUGAUGAAGAAGAGAACAGGUAUAAGCCGAGGUUUCGCCUUCGUGGAGUUUUAUCACUUGCAAGAUGCUACCCGGUGGAUGGAGACCAAUCAGAAACUGCUGACGAUCCAGGGUAAGCCUGUGGCCAUGCAGUACAGCAACCCCCGGCACAAGUUUGAAGACUGGCUCUGUGGCACCUGUGGCCUGUACAAUUUCCGGAGAAGGCUGAGAUGCUUCCGGUGUGGAGCAGCCAAAGUAGAGAGUGAAUCUACCAGUCCUGUUGGAGUGACCCCAGAACCACAGCAAACUGGAGACUACUAUGGUGACACAAUCAUCCUGAGAAACAUCGCUCCUCUCACUACGGUCGAGGCAAUCAUGACGGCACUGGCUCCUUAUGCCAACCUGUCUGUGAGCAACAUCCGGCUCAUCAAGGACAAACAGACCGGCCAGAACAGAGGAUUCGCCUUUGUACAGCUUUCAUCUCCAUUGGAAGCAUCUCAGCUUCUUACAAUUCUUCAGGGACUGCAACCUCCACUCAAGCUGGAUGGGAAAACCAUUGGUGUGGAUUACGCCAAGAGUGCUCGGAAGGACCUGGUCCAGCCGGAUGGGAGCCGGGUCAGUGCCUUCUCAGUGGCCAGCACAGCCAUUGCUGCCGCGCAGUGGUCCUCCAGCCAGCCACAGCAGAUGGUGGGUGGAGCCGAAUAUGGCUACCUCCAGGACGGCUACACGCAGUACGCACAGUAUGGCCAAGAUUAUCAGGCCUACUAUCAGCAGGCUGCAGGAAUGGACCCUGCGCUUGGAGCUGGACUGCUUGGAGCUGCCCCUGGAGUGAAGACUGUCCCGGCUACUGCAGGGGUGGUGGUGUCACAGAGUGCCCAGGUCUACCAGCCCCACAUUGUUGGCCAGCCUUCAACACUGUCUCAGGCAGCAGUCCAGCAAGCUGAAGCAACAGCACAGUCCACCAGCACUACUGCAGCUACAACAGUAACAGCCACAACUACUGUGGCAACGACCACAGCAGCUUCUGCAGGAACUGAUGGCAAAAGUGUUAAUGCUUCUGCUCUACUCCAACCAGUAACACCAGACACGUCCACUUAUCAGUAUGAUGAAUCCUCUGGUUACUACUAUGAUACCAAGACAGGACUGUACUACGAUCCAAACAGCCAGUACUUCUACAACUCCCAGACGCAGCAGUACCUCUAUUGGGACAGUGAAAAGCAGGCGUACGUACCUGCGACCAACACGACCACCACAGGAACCACACAGGCUGCUGGCACCGUUGCACAGACCGCCAGCACCACAACGGCAGCACCCACCAAAGAGGCCAAAGAGAAGAAGGAGAAGCCCAAGAGUAAGACUGCACAACAGAUUGCCAAGGACAUGGAGCGCUGGGCCAAGAGCCUCAACAGACAGAAGGAGAGUUUCAAGAAUAGCUUUCAGGCCCUGAACCACAGCAGGGAUGAGGAGAAGAAGGAGUCUGCAGCAGCAGAUGCUGGUUUUGCACUCUUUGAGAGAAAGGCAGGUGGAUUCGAAAAGCAGAUGCUGAUAUCUGAGCUGGCAAAGAAUGGAGAGGAGGAAACCCCAGCAAAUAAGUGUGUCCUGGUGGCGGCGUAUAGUGGAGACAGUGAUCCAGAGGAGGUGGAGCCUGACCGCGGCGAUGAGGGCACGGACAAACUGACAGACUGGAGCAAGAUGGCCUGCCUACUUUGUCGGCGCCAGUUUCCAAACAAGGAAGCACUCAUGCGCCACCAGAAGCUCUCUGAGCUACACAAGCAAAACUUGGAAAUUUACAGACGAUCUAGAAUGUCUGAGACUGAGCUGGAAGACUUGGAGAGGAAAGAAACAGAGAUGAAAUACAGGGACAGAGCUGCUGAAAGGAGGGAAAAAUAUGGUAUUCCAGAACCUCCAGUACCAAAGAAGAAGAAAUGCUUCGAGCCCCCUGCAGCUGUGAACUAUGAGCAGCCCACCAAGGAUGGUCUUAACAGCAAUAAUAUUGGCAAUAAAAUGCUGCAGGCUAUGGGCUGGAAGGAGGGCAAAGGAUUGGGUCGUAACCAGCAAGGCAUCACGGCACCCAUCGAGACUUCAAUGAGAAUGAAGGGUGCUGGUUUAGGAACGAAGGGUAGCUCGUAUGAGCUCACUCCAUCUGACACCUACAAGGAUGCCGUUCGGAAAGCCAUGUUUGCGCGCUUCACAGACCUGGAAUGAAAGCUGUGUUGUCACUUCUCUUUUCUCCACAUGUGAUUAUUUCAGCUGACCAGUCGUUCACAGCAUACAGAAAGCAGAGAUUUCAGUUUGCCACCUGGUUUCAGCUCUUGAUUCAUCAGUUUGGUUUUUCACCCCUGGUUUUUGUGAUUGUAGGUAGAGACUUCUGGUUAGAGGGCAGCUGCAGAGUCGUGGUAAUGUACUGUGAGCAAGUCCCUGGGACCGGGAUACCUCGUUUUGCUUUCAGAUUAAAGGUCCUGUGUCUGGGCUUUGAACAUCACAUCAGCGUGAAAAACAUAGAAGACCAUUCUUGGCAAGAUGAACUGCAUCAAAGCUCUGUGAAUGUAAUGUUUAUAUGUAUAUAUUCUGUCCAAGAAACUAACUUACCUCUAUAAAAUGCUGCAAGUGGCAUUUUUGAGCAUGUACAGUUUGUAAAGUUGUUUUUUUGUACAAAAUGAGUGAUUUGUUCCUAGUUGUCAAAAAAAAUAAACUACAGUUCUUCACCUAGGAA